GCGCUAGUUUGUCCACAAAAGGACGUUCCGUGUUUGAUAUCAUCUGUAAACAAUGACGUUAUCUCGAAAACAUUGUCGCGUUAUCAUCGCGUAACGAUUUUCGACACACACAGCAGCCGAUAAGGCGAAAAAGUAAAUACAAACAAUUCGGUUUACUAAUCCGUCGCGCGUGAGUAUCAUGAAAAUUAAAUUACGCGAGCGUUCGAACUAAUUAAAAUAUGUACGUGUCGCCGUAAUAAAAAAGAAUAAUAUAUUAAAAGCGCACGCAUCUUCGACGCGGCUUAUCAGGAAAGGACGCGGACGCCUCUCUCAGGCACGGCGAGCGCCGACGGCGUCAGUAUCUGACGGUGCUAUGAAGUGAGUAUAACUAUCCCGUUCCGUUUUUGCGAUGACAUGUGGAGUACCAUCACCGACAGAAUCGCGAAUUUUCUACGUGGCAAGCGUCGACACCGAUCCUCACCAAGUAAACAAGAUGCUAAUUCAGUGCGAACAAAUACCGACAUGACAUCACAAAUUACAGCCGACCAAGUUUACGAGUUUCUCCACUCCCACCCCGACUACCUCGAACACUAUAUCAUGGACGAGGUCGAGCUGGAACAGCUCGAACGCUGGAUAAUACGCAAGUCGCAGCGCUUGAAAAAGAAGCACGAGCUGCCCGUCGCGAAGAACGGCCGCAAGACGAGCCUGUCGCGCUGGAAGUUUUGCGUGCACGCCGACAAGCGGCAGAUGCUGCAAGACCUCACGCAUAGUCUUCAGCUGAGGCCGACAAAAAAUCAGGUACUUUGGGAAUUAGCUAACUGCAUCUGUUCCGCCGUAAACGCCGACGGUUUUAGACUCUACCUCCCCGAUCCGGUCAACAGCGGCGCGUUGUUGCAAUAUCUCGGCGAGAAUUUGAUUGCAGGCAGGUUGCAGGAGGACGGGCCGAUUGACGUCUCGACGUACGUGGCGAAAACGCGCGAGGCGGUUAGGGUGUCGAAGGGCGACAAUGAUUCGCGGUUCAUCCCCGAUUUGUUCUACGAGGAUGAUGUGGGGCACAUUCUGUGUCAGGCUGUGACAUAUCCAGAUGGACAGUUGGCGGCGGUGCUGGAACUGUGGCGGCGAGAGUCAGAGGGUCCUUUUCACGAGGAGGACGAGGAGAUCGCGUGCAGCUACCUCGUCUGGGGCGGCAUCGCCCUCCAUUACGCACACUUAUACCUUAACAUGAACCAGCAGAGGAAGCUGAACGACUUUCUUCUCACCGUCGUCAAGUCGAUAUUUCAAGACAUGGUCAGCAUGGACGUUCUCGUGAUAAAAAUCAUGAACUUCGCGCAGAGACUGGUCGACGCCGACAGGGCGUCUCUGUUUCUUGUCGACGCCAAGAAUCAGGAGCUGUACGCGACGAUAUUCGACGUCGGCGUCGAGAAUACGGACGAGACGACGGUUUACGAGGGCGAGGAGUUCAAAAAGAUGCACACGUCUAAGGAGAUUCGCUUUCCCUUAGGAACGGGAAUCGCGGGCGAGGUGGCAAUGUCCGGGGAAAUUCUGAACAUAACCGACGCGUACGCCGACGCCCGCUUUAACAGGACCGUCGAUCAACUCACCGGAUACAGGACGAACACAAUACUCUGCAUGCCGAUAUUUAUUAGGGGCGCCGUGAUUGGGGUAGUGCAAAUGGUGAACAAGCACAGCGGGUACUUCACAAAGGAGGACGAGGAGGCGUUCGAAAUGUUCGCGGUCUACUGCGGUCUCGCCUUGCACCACGCCAAAUUGUACGACAAAAUUAGACGUUCCGAGCAAAAGCACAGGGUUGCCCUGGAGGUUUUGAGUUACCACAAUACCUGUACGGAGGAGGAGCUCGCCACAAUUACGGACGAACUGUCCACGAUUAACGCCAACGUCGAUGAUUUUUACUUCAACCCCUUCCAGUGGGAGGACUACCAGAAGGCCGGCUUCGUCAUUCGCAUGUUUACCGAUUUGUUUGGACUGACGAGAUUCGACGAGCAGAGUCUGCUUCGAUUCGUCCUGACCGUUAAGAAGAACUAUCGACGGGUCCCCUACCACAACUGGUCGCACGGAUUUUCGGUAGCGCACUGUAUGUACUGCAUUAUCAAGAAUUCGAGAGAUACUUUUCUACCUAAUGAGAGCUUGGCGCUGUUUAUCGCGGCGCUGUGUCACGAUCUGGACCAUAGGGGCAAGAAUAAUAAAUUUAUGUUGGACACCGAGGCCCCGCUGGCCGCCAUUUAUUCAACAUCAACAAUGGAACAUCACCACUUCAAUCAAACCGUCACCAUCCUCCAGCAGGAGGGGCACAACAUUUUCAGCAAGCUAUCCAGUGCUGAAUACAAGCAGGUGCUCAGUCUGAUCAAGCACUGCAUUCUCGCAACGGAUUUGGCGCUGUUCUUCCCCAACAGGACGAAGCUAGCCAAACUGGUCCACGAUGACGCGUUCUCCUGGAGCAACCACGAGCACCGGAUGAUGGUGCAGGCGCUUUCGAUGACCGCUAGCGACCUGUGCGCGAGCACGAAACCGUGGGACGUCCAGCUCAAAAUCGUCCACGUCAUCUUCGAGGAGUUCUACGAUCAGGGCGACGCCGAACGCGCCGCCGGCCGCAAGCCCAUACCGAUGAUGGACCGCUUCCAACCCGACUAUCAGCCCGCCUCCCAGGUCGGCUUCCUCAGCGGAAUCUGCGCGCCCUGCUACGCCCUGCUGAAGAACCUCAUUCCCGAUACCGAACCGCUCCUCGCCAUGGUCCACAAGAACCUGGACGAAUGGACGAGCAUCGACCAAGAGAUCCAGCAAAAGAAGAAAAACGAGGCUUAACUUUUUGUCGCUCUCUCGACAACGACCAAUUUUUACAAGUGACUUUAUCUCGAAGAUGCCUUCUUGUAGCAUUCAUAUCCCCUUUUUUUGAGCGGAAAGCACCAACUGAGAGCCCAAAUAGUUCUUUGUAUUGAGCAGUUUCUAGUCAAGUGGCUAUUCAGAUAGACUUAACCUUUCUAUUUUCAUACGUCUAGGUAGACUUAAGAUGAGCGGAAACAGACGAUGGUGUAUGAAAAUUUAUUAGAAAUAAAAGUUUCUGUUGCACGUU